UAAGAUGGAAGAUGUUGCAAUACCUAAAUAUCGAAGAAAAGCAGAAACUUCGUACCUUUCAAUACGCAUAUCCUUCAUCGUAAAUUACCUCAAGUCCUAUGGGUCUACUGCAUUUGUGUAUUGAAGAAGAAAGAAGUGAGGAUUAAAAAGAGUUUCACCCUCUGUCCUUCUAAAUUCCCACACCGACGUCGUCCCUUCCGAGCCUCACAAGUGGCCUCAUCCUCCCUUUGGCGCCCAACUCGAUCACGCCACAGGCAACAUCUAUGCGAGGGGCUUCUACGGUGAGAGGUCCCCUUGGUGGCUGGUUAUCAAGGCAGUUGGGGCCCCCGGACACGGUGCCAAGCUCUAUGACAAUACUUCUAUGGAGAAUCUUUUUAAGAGCAUCGAAAGCAUAAGGAGGUUCAGAGCUGCUCAGUUCGACUUGGUCAAGGCUGGCCUGAAGGCUGAAGGAGAGGUCAUCUCUGUCAAUAUGGUGUUCCUGAGAGCUGGCACCCCUUCCCCCAAUGGCUUUGUCAUGAACUUGCAGCCAUCUGAAGCCGAAGCAGGCUUUGAUGUUCGAGUUCCACCGACUGCUGAUCAGGCCUCAUUGGAGAGGCAAAUUGCUGAGGAAUGGGCACCUGCUUCACGCAACAUGACCUUUGAGUUCAAGGUGAAAGUAUCCAUACACGAUAAAUUUGGGAAACCUGCACUUACAGCUACAGACAGUUCUAAUAUUUGGUGGACGUUAUUAGAGGAAGCUAUCAAGGUUGCGAAAGAGAAACUCGGGAAACCAGAAAUAUUUCCUGCCUCGACAGAUGCACGUUACUUUAGAGAGAGAGAGAGGCCUUACAGCUAUUGGCUUUUCUCCCAUGGCAAACACUCCGGUUCUCCUUCACGACCACAAUGAGUUUCUGAACAAAGAUGAAUAUUUGAAAGGCGUUGGUGUUUACGAGUCAAUAAUCAAGGCAUACACGUCUUUUGUUGAUCACAUGCGAGAUGAUGUUUCCAAAGCAGAGUUAUGUGGACACACGAGACCUUAUCAACAAGAUUUAGUUUAAGGAGCCAUGCACCCUGAAGGGAACGACCGCAGAGCCUCAUGGCCUUAUGCAGAAAGCAAAUCCUACCUUUGGACAUGGCUGUUUUUCGUACCCUUGAUAACAUAUACACUCUCUGGCAGAUCUUCUAUUUCCUCAUUGUGGAUGUUUUACGCCGCCAAAGACUUUUAAGGGAUUCUGAGGUCAUGACUUCAUACAGAAUACACGGCAUACAAAAGUGUCACCUGCUUUUGUUUUGGUGAAGAAACUGCAUGUUAUUGCAGUUGGAGUGAAACAGAUCCAUCCACUUUUCUAAUACGCGGAAAAACGUAUUUAGAUGAUCGUAACAAGGUGGAUUUCAUUAAACCUAAGCUUAAGAAUACACCCCACUCAAGUCCAAUACGAAGUUUGUAAUCAUAAUUCUGCCACAAUGCAUCAGUCGGUGGUGGAUGAUUCUGCAUUAUCUCCCGAAGAAGAAUGAUUAUGGAACAUUGUGAGAGCAAAUUCUCUAGAUUCCGGUGCUUGGACUGCCCUUAUAGAGGAAACUGAGAAAAUUCCAGAGGCCAAAAUUUGGACUAUCUGAAUCUAGGCUAUCCUCAUGAGAAGUGCCAAUACUGCCAUGCUAUAAUGUGGACAGAAGAACGCAACAACAGCAACGCAAAGAACUCACCACCCACUUUCUCUUUGUGUUGCAUAGAAGGCCGGGUUUCCCUCUCCGCAUUGAAAAAUGCACCUGAGUAUCUAAGAGACCUUCUUAGCCACAAUGGAGGAAAACGUUCAGCUACCUUCCGUGAAAGCAUACGGCCAUAUAACUCAAUUCUUGCCUUCACAUCAAUAGGGGGGCGCAAAUAGAUUACGAAAUCAAUAAAACUAAAGGACCAUACGUCUUUAGAAUCAGCGGCCAAAACAGCCAUCACAUUGGUUCACUUCAUCCCCAACCAGGGAAACCCCGGAAGUUCCUCCAGCUAUAUAUGUAUGAUAACAUAACUGCGGAAAUGUCUUUUAGGAUAAAGUCACUUACGAAGGACAAACCGAACUCCAAGCUCGAUGAGACCAUUCUCUCAGGCCUAAUAACAAUGCUUGAUAUGGAGAAUUGUUUGGCAAAAACAUUCCGAAUGGCACAAGACAGAAUGAAAGAAAGUGAAGACAUACAGCUGCAACUACACCUCUUAUCAGAGCGCACACCUCUUAACUCUUAAGACUUACACUUCUAUUUUAAGAGAAGCUUUAAUUUAGUCCUCUUAUAUUUAAAUUUUUUUUUUGUAAUUUAUAAACUUUAAUACUUGGU